GCUUCGAAUGUGGCGAUACUGACCUGAGAGCACAAGGCACAAAAGCUGAGGAAGGCCCCAGAUGUUGCUCAGAAGGCAGGUGGUCAAGAACUCAAACACAGCAAAGGCCAUUGCUGUGAGAGUAGAGAGAGGAGAGAGGGAAUCAUGGUUAUGCUGAAGAUUUCAUCUUUCCUUGCUGUUUAUGCCUUGGUUGUGUGCCAGAUGGAUAGCUUCCAGGCAGCCCCAGUCAGACCUGGCUUGGAGUCCGUAACAGAUCGAGUGACGCUCAGUGAUUACGAAGCUCGGAGGUUAUUAAAUGCGUUGGUGAAAGAGUUCAUACAGAUGACAGCAGAAGAGCUGGAGCAAGCCUCUGAGGGGAACAGCAGUGUAACAGCGCAGAAGAGGGCAUGCAACACAGCAACCUGUGUGACCCAUCGUCUGGCGGACUUCCUGAGCAGGUCAGGAGGAGUGGGCAAGAACAACUUUGUACCAACCAACGUGGGAUCCAAGGCCUUCGGCAGGCGAAGAAGAAGCGUUCAAAUAUAAAAAGCUGAAUGAUAAUGUGAAUAUGAUUGCCAUGAAACUGAAAAUUCAACUUUAAUUUCUAAAGAAAGCAACUCUUCUCCAUAAAUCAAGACAGCCAAAAAGAAGAUUAAUUUUGCAUCCUAAUAUUGAAAAUGUUUUAUUUAAUACAAAUGAAAACACUUCUGUUAUGUAUAGUAAAGAGAAUCUAGUUAUUAAAGUUAAAUUAUUGUAUAUUCUUUUUAUAUGCAACUCUAUUUCAAAUAAAAUGUGACGGCAUCUAUUAUUUAUUUAUCUUCCAGCUUAUGUGAUCCAUGCUACUUAUCCUGCCACUACUGCCAAAACUCGGGGAUUAUACUAAACUGCUGCCUGGCAAGGCAUAUGUGUAUUAUACGGUGUGCUGUGCCUUGAUGUAAACCACUUAACUGACCUGAUUGUACAGUAUAUUUAAAAAAAAAAAAAACAAAAACACAAACAAAAACACUUCAAUAUUGUAUCACUUGUGAAUUUACGCAAAAUUAAAAAAAGUAUUUUAGAUACA